ACGCAUUUUACUGUAACCGAUGUAAGGUGUGGUGAUGUGCUCCUCUCUCGAGCACGAAGAAUCGGAUAAACCACAGAGAUGGAUAAAUUACUAUCCAGUAAAACAGGGUGAGUCGAGUGAUGUCAAAUCGAGAUAGGAUUAUUUUCGGAGCCACCGGUGCCACUGGGAUAGCCGCAAUGGCAUGGCGGGCAUGGUACCCAUGGUUACUGGAUGAUCUGACGACGAUUAGAUCAACAAAUCGCCAAGCUACUAAGAGUAUUCAAGACGCUGAAAACAAAAGAUUUAUCAUCGAUAUGUUCGAGGAACAAGUGAAGCGCGUACCCAAGAAACCAUUCAUUCUCUUCGAGGACAAAAUCUACACGUAUGAAUUUGUGAAUACUAUGGCUAACAGAGUUGCCAAUCUGGCUUUGACAUGGGGCCUGAAGCAAGGGGAUACCGUGGCGACAGUCAUCUAUAAUCAGCCCGCCUUUGUGUGGACGCUUCUCGGCCUCCUAAAGCUGGGACUGGUGGACGCCUUUAUCAACUACCACACCAAGUCCAGGCCACUGCUCCACUCUAUUCUGGUGUGCGACGCUAAGGUCCUUAUCAUAGGGGACGGUGACGAACUUUUGGAAUCUAUCGAUACCAUCAGAGAUAAACUCCCGGUUGACAUGCCGAUAUACGUAUACGGAAAAGGAGAUUCCAAACUUCCAGGGGGUUAUCUUUCAAUGGACUUGGAACUGCUCAGAGUUCAUCCCGCAGAAAUAUGUAAGACUGUCCGGUCUGAGCUGUCAUUGAAAUCUCUCGUCUGUUUUAUCUACACUUCCGGUACUACAGGUUUACCCAAGCCCGCAAUUAUCAACCAGGCCAAGGCGAUAGGUCUCUCCAAGUUCUACCAACAGAUAUGGUAUAACGAGGCUGACACCGUCUAUGUCGUCACACCUCUCUAUCACAGCGCCGCCUGUGGGCACGGACUCUUCAACACAAUUGACGUCGGUGCAACGCUCGUGCUUCGCCAGAGGUUCUCGGCUCGUUACUACUGGGAGGAUGUUAGGAAGUACAAAGUCACAGUACUGCCGUAUAUCGGCGAGCUCUGUCGGUACCUCCUGAGAGUUCCACAAAAUGACCUGGAUGGUGUCCACUCUGUCCGUGUUGCCGUAGGUAAUGGCCUGAGACCGGACAUAUGGAACGAGUACCGGACACGAUUCAAGAUUCCGUGGAUCGUCGAGUUUUUUGGUGCGACUGAGGGAACGACAACCUUUAUCAACGUCACAGGCCAAGUCGGCGCCAUAGGCAGAUGGUCUCCGUUGAUGCGAGUAGCGGCAAAAGGGAGAUUUGGUGUCACGAGUCAUGUAAUCAAGUAUGAUGUUGUCAAUAAUAUACCGGUUCGAAACGACAACGGCAGAUGUAUCCCAAUCAAAAAAGGAGAGGAAGGCGUUCCUAUCUCCGGCAUCCCACCAUCGUAUUCCGGCUUCUACAAGGGGGACAUAGAGGCCAGUCAGAAAAAGAUCCUCAUCGACGUAUUUGAAGAAGGGGACCGCUACUUCAACUUUGGAGACUUAGUGUACAUGGACGCUCACUAUAACCUGUACUUUAGAGACAGAGUGGGCGAUACUUUUAGAUGGAAAGGGGAAAAUGUUUCAACACGGGAAGUGUGUGACGUCAUCAGUACACUUCCGUUUACACAGGACGUGAAUGUAUACGGAGUGCGUGUCCCCGAUUCAGACGGACGCGCUGGAAUGGCUGCUAUUUCUUUGAAGGGCGAAAAAGACGUACAACCAGAAAUGCUCCAGGCGAUAUUUCGUAUCUGUGAAACAGACCUCCCAGCCUACGCUCGCCCCUUAUUCUUACGCUUCCAAAAAGAGUUUGUAGUCACACAAACGAUGAAACAUCGUAAAGUAGAUUUAAUCGGUGACGGUUUAGAUCUGGGUAAAAUAACAGACCCGGUGUACUAUCUAGACGUGGUCAAACGUACUUACUCACCACUAACCUGGGACAAUUACCAACACGUUGUGACGUCACGUUUGUAGCACAUUGUGUCCUCACUAUUUAAAUACAUUGUGACGAAUUGUUGAAAGAGAAGCAUGUACCUGCUCCCCCAGAUCCGUUGGGUGUAGCUGACAUGGAGUGCACAACCCUGAUACGAUGUAAUUAGUAGUUAAGUGAACAGUUUGAUACAGUACGGUAAACGAGAGGAUAGUCAUUAUCGACUGAUAACAUGGGGCCAUGUAUUGACUAGUUUAGACCGAUGUCUAAUGUUGUGGAUGGACAGUGGUCGAAUGGGUCAAGAACAACCCAUACCUAGUACUUAUGUGACAGAUAGUAGUAUUCACAUCAAUGAGCUUGUACUCACAAAUUAAUUUUCCUAUUUUUAGCGUCAUAUAUAUUUUCACAAACUGUUUGAUAUUUUUUUAUUUUAUUAUAUCAAUAUAGCUUGGUAUACAGGCUCUAUCAAAAACGUUUUCUGCACUCAAGAUUAAAUUGAAUUGUUUACAACUUUUCUUAAUAGACUGACAUAUAUUUUCCUUUUCUUAAUAGACUGACAUAUA